AGCGCCUCGCUCAAGCCCGCAGCGUUGUCCUCAGUCACCUUAUAAGUGAAGGGAAAAGUGACAGCAGUGAGAGGUGGGUGGGUGGAGGGACAGCAGGCGUGGAGGGCGACUCGUGCACUGGGUUACCUGCGCCGACUCCACAGCUUGACCAGCGCUCUGGGCACUAACACCAAAGAAGAAGAAGAGGAAGAGGAGGAGGAGGAAGAGAAGGAAAAAGAAGAGGGCAGAGAAAAGAUUAACAAAUUAUAAAAGGAGAAGAAGGAGAUUAAGAAGAGUAUCACGAAGACGAACCUGACCAAAACGGAAACAAGUCAACCACUACAACCACAAGAGCAACACCACCACCACCAUCAUGAAUCUUCGGGGUGUUGCUAACUGCGGCAUGUUCCUGGGUAUUAUGGACCUGCUGCACGGGCUGGCUACCCUCUCCUUCUACGGCUACCAGUACGGGAGUCACUACAACUGCUACUGGAACCACGGCAUCAGAUGGUGCACCUACUACCUCGAGGAGACCAAUCACAGCAAGAGGGUGAACCUGGGCCUUGGUGAGGGAGUCAUCUGCAUCAUCUUUGCCAUCCUUCUCAUCGUUUCAUUCAGCAAGUACAAGUGGUGGCUGGCGUGGACGUGGCUCCUGAAGGCCCUGGCGGUGUUGGGUCUCAACGGCUACUUCGUGACGGUGUGGGUGAUGGAGACCUCGCGCUCCUACCACCAGUUCUGGAACCGACACAACUACGACCAGAACCAAGUCUUCCUCCUGGCGGGCAUUGUUCUCACCCUUAUCGAGCUCAUCAUCAUGUUAAUCUUCUGCUGCGUCGUCGGGUCCUUCACGCAUAAGAUUCGCAAGCAGCAGGUACCCACAAUGGAGACACACAUAUAAGAGGCUGAGACCACAAGGAAGAACAGGAGCAUCUCUGACCAGUGACCACCCACUCCUUACCCCCCGAUUGCUGCCUUCUGGUGGUGUACUGAGUGAAAGAUAGAAGACGCUAAAGGGGGGUGUCCACGAGAAGGAGGUCAGAGUUUUCGAACCUACAUCAUACAACUAUAUAUUCCUACUGUCUUACCUUCUCCCCUGUACUACCUGAACUAACCCACUUCCUCUUCUUACCAUUCAGUGAUUAAAAAAGAAAACCCACGAGAAGGAGGUCAAAGCUUAUGAACCCACACCAUAGAACUAUACACUCUUACUGUCUUUCCUUUUCCCCCACUGUACCUUCUCCACUAACCCACUGCCUCUUCUUUCUAUACCCUUGAUUAAAGAAAAAUCUCUACUAACUUUGAUCAUCUCUCUCGUUGCCAUUCUAAGCAGUCAUUAAGAGGAAGGUCAGAGCUAAGUCCUCAAUAAUCAUCACUAACUUUGAUCAUAUAUUGGGUCUGUUAUCUAAGGUCAAAAGAAGGAAGGUCAGAGUUCCAUCUUCACUAACUUGGAUCAUCAUCUUACGAGUUGGUUUCUUGUUAGUGUCAGAUUUUGUAUUUAUUGUUUUCUUUCUCUACCAAGAUUGUGUUAGUGGAGGGAAGGUUGGUUGCUGCUGGUGUGUUAUACUAAGAAGUCUUGUUUUUUCGUUCUUUUAAGUGGACGCAUGGACAAAGGAAAUAUCACGAAUGUAAUCUGCUUUGUUAUCAUUCAUAGAAGUGAACACAGAGAAAGGAAAGUUUGAUAAAAAAAAAUCCAGUCUUGUUUUUAUGUUAAUCUUAUAAGCGGAGGCGUGGACGAGAAGGAAAGAUAGUGAAAUAAGCUAAAUAUAUCAGUGACGAAGAAGGGAGUGAAGGUGGAUUUACAUACGUACUGUCUGUCUUUGUACUCACACACUUUUCCUGCGUCGAUUUCGUUAAAAAGUGUAAACUGUGCCAAAAACACUGCUAAGAUAUAUAUAUAUAUAUAUACGCCAUUAACGUUGCCAAUACGAUAAUAUUAAUUGGUUUGACGAUAUGAUUAAUAAUUUUUCUUAGCCUCGUUUUAAAACUUGCCAAUUAACGUUGCCAAUACGAUAAUAUUAAUUGGUUUGACGAUAUAAUUAGUAACUUUUCUUAGCCUCCUUUUAAAACUCUACACAUCGAAACUCAUAGAUCGGUAUUCUCAGAUGCUUCCGAAUCUCACAUCAGUUAUCUCCAAAGGCCAAAAAGGAGAUCAAUCAGAUUGUAAUGAGUGUUAUUUAGGUGCCUGGUACAGAAAAAGGGUCAAACUACCACCAGGGCCAUGAAACUACCAACGGAAAUGCCCACAACUCAUACGAAAACCGUGUCAAAUAUGUGUGCUUGGGCGCCGAAAUAUUUAGGAAUACGACUCAUUGACUGACAUUUGAGCAAUAGAUAGCAUAAUUUCGGUUACACUGAUUAGGUUCUCAGCAGCAAAACAUCAAUAACUAUCUGCAUUAAUAUUUUCAGUCUUAUUGAAAUUUGAUUACCUUGUUCUGAUUUUUCUUAUUUUUUGGUACUUGAGUUCUCCUUCUUGUCCUUCACGAUGCUUAUCUUUUUUUUUUUUGUCAUCCUGUUUACGAAAGUACCGAGAGCGUCACUUUAUUUCUCAAGGCCUGAUCCCCCCCCCCUCCUCUCUCUCUCUCUCUCUCUCUCUCUCUCUCUCUCUCUCUCUCUCUCUCUCUCUCUCUCUCUCUCCUAAUUCAAGUGCGACACAACCGUUUUUUCCCUUUGUUAUCUUCCUUUAUUUUCUCGUGAUUCGGAAGGAAAUUUUUUUUUUUUUUUUUUUUUACUUAUUAGUUAGUUUUUUCUGUGUAAUUCUUCAACAGGAGGAGAGAGAGAGAGAGAGAGAGAGAUAAGGGGGAGGGGGGGGGGGGCUCGAGUGGAAGUGACACAUGUGGAUACCCAGAAUAUAAUUACCGAGUCUCUUGGUCUCAGCCUCGAGGGCCAGCCAUAGUAUUUUUAUUUCUUCAUUUUUUUUUAUUAUUUGCGUUCAUCCGGCCGAGCACAGGAUGUACGUUAAGGGUACUACGUAGAACUGCCCUUCGUACUAUCUCCGUCAUUUCUUCCGGUUCCGUUCAUCUUUUCUUUGUUAGGCUGACAUAAUCGGGUCACUCAGGAGAUUAUUCGUUCUCUUUUCCGUUUUCUUUCAGUUUCUUUAAGUUUUCUAUCUUAUAUCUGGUUUGUUUUAGUUUGGUUUAAUCUUCCUCUUCACAUAUUUUCUUCUCAUCUUCUCCAGCUUCCUCUCUUCCUUCUAUUUCUACUUCAUGCUCUUCUCUUUCCUUCUUUCCCUCCUUUCUUCUUGUUCUUGUUUUUAUUCUUCCUCUUCUUCAACCAUUUGUUUAAUUUAUUUUUCUUCUUUUCUUCCAUUUCUACCUCUGCUUCUAUUCAUUGCCUUUACCGUGAGUCUUGCAUUGGUUUGAUCUCAUACACUAGUCUUUAAGCAUUUGUGGUAAAGUCUCUCUCUCUCUCUCUCUCUCUCUCUCUCUCUCUCUCUCUCUCUCUCUCUCUCUCUCUCCUAAAUUCUACUUAGAGGCUCUAGCUCGUGAGCGUUUCCUGAAGGAGGGGAAUUCCACACACUUUACCAGCGUGACAACAAGAGGAGCUUCUGGUUCACAAAUGUGCCACCACAGCAUGUUACCCUGAUGCCUGUCGUUAAGAAUAGAUGAAGUGAUUUUUUUUUGUCAGCUCAUAAACAAUGUACGUAUAUUGUUUGGUGUUCAUUUGAGGAAACUGUAAAAAAAAUGUUUUUUGUUUUUUUUAUCUAGAGCCGAAGAGAAAUCCUGAACAUUUAGGAUUGUAUAGGAUUAUGUAGUCUGCUUUCGGAGCUUUCAAUGACGCUGUGCUGGACUGUGAAACUGGCCCCAAGUGAGUAGUUAUCAAGGAGGAAGAUGGAAUAGUAAAAAAAUGUUGCCAAGAAUAUAAGUCUAAAAUGUGGAUUAAAAAUAAAUGCAUAGAUGGAUUCGUGGAUAAUCUGUUGUUGAGACUUGUUACCGACUGUUUUGUUGGGUUGAAGUAUAUUUUUUUUUCUGUGUGUGCGUACAUUUGAAGGUGAUUAGUUAGCUUAUGGGAUGGAAAUCUUUGUUAGUCAUGUUUUUUUUUUUUUUUUAAGUGUUCUGAGUAUGUUCUUUCUCUUUAUUAUAUUUGUGAAAGGAAUUUAAAUUAUGUAAAUAUAAUAAUCUGAAUGACCGGAAGUUAUGUAGUCAUUCUCUCUCUCUCUCUCUCUCUCUCUCUCUCUCUCUCUCUCUCUCUCUCUCUCUCUCUCUCACAUGGUCUAAAUUCUCCAGUUAACAAGAUCCGCCGGACGACAAUACCCGUUCUAACCCCCUCCUUCAACCCCUCCACAUCACCACCAACCCACCACUACCCAGCCAUCCACCCCCUCUUCUCCCCACCCUCCCUCCACCUUUCCCGAAACACCCUUCCCCUCCUCAUCCCCCCCUCCCUUCGUCCUUUCCUUAGUGCCGUGGGAAAGAAAAACAUGACAUUCUCACAUACAAAGCAAACGUAUAAGAGAUAAAAAUAUACAUGAGGCAAGUGAAAGAUGGUCCAUGCUUCCAAGUCGAAAUAUUUCCACAUUCAUAGAAAACAGAAUGAUGAUAAAAAAACAUAUACUAUAGACCUACUGGCACAUGAGAAAUCCUCACAGGUUGUCCUAGUAUCAUUCAGAAAAGAUCACCAAUACCGUUUUGACCAAUAUUCAGACGAGUUGGAAUAGAAAGGGAACUAUAUGGAUGGCUAUGCAACUAACUAUAAUCUCAGACAGACAUACCUAUCACCUCUUUACAGCACCAACCACUAACGCACCACCACCACCACCAGCACCAAUACUACCAUCACUACAGUCACCACAACCACCACCAAAACCAAUGUCACCACCACCAUCACCAACAUCACAAUCACCUGCUGCAUGGACUUAAUAAAAUAUAAGGCAUGAGGUCUUUAGUUUACCAAAGACCACGAUGAGGAUUAUUUAAUAAGGGACUUUCGCACUUAUUUUUAUGUACGUUAAUGAAGGGACAGUUGUUUUUAUGUAUCGGUCCCUCUGUUUGGUGUAAAGUCGCUUGCUACAUGCAGAAGAGAGAAGACAGUGCUGUCCUCUAUGUCCAAGCAACUAUGAAGGUCUCCCACUGUUUCCUAAGCAUGUAUUUGGUUCGGUUGUUCCUCUCCUGGGGGCAUAAACUAUUGUACAUAUCCUUGGCUUUAUGGAAGAUUGUCUUUCAGUGUCUGAAUAUUCUUAGGUUUGUUUGUAGUUUCCAUGCAGUACCUUAUAACUUGACCUUGAAGUUGUUCGUAGUUACCUGCAGUACCUUAUGUUAUUUGUUACCUGUGUAUUACCUGUACUUGCCCCCUACGCCUCAUGACAAUUGUGUUCUAAGUUAAGGAGGACUGAAUCUCAUCAAUGUGGAGUUCAAUUCUUUAUGUUAGUCGUGAGAUCAGUCAGGGUUGUAUCUGGGAGUGCUCACGUGUUUGCAGGAUUCACACCUGAUUAAAAAAUGAUCUGAUGUGCAAAUAAGAAGGAAUCAGAGUAUAUAUAAGAUUAAGACGUCCUUGUUCCCAGACCUUUGAGUGUUUGGCGAAAUGGAAUUGGAUUCUAUAUUGCUACUUACUUUUGGAUUGUGUUUGAAAAUAUAUAUAGAGGUAUUCUGUCUUUUGUUUAAUAGUAUAUCUAUACCUUAGUUUUCUUUGACAUUUUUAUGAAUAUUAUUGUUAUUAUUAUCAUUAUUAUGACCUUCAAAAGGACUGAUUACUGAAUGUUUCUUGAAUGGCAUUAAAUAUACUUGUUUUGUAUGUGUGUGCUUGUACUUAUUUUUAUUAAUGAGCACUUCAACUCCCGGAUGUCGUCUUGCACAAGAAGCCAACACACACACACACACACACACACACACACACACACACACACACACACACACACACACACAUACUAAAACCAGAUUCAGUUCAUAUGAUGGAUACCUCACAGUACACAUACACAAGUAAACAAGCAAACAAACAAACAAAUACAAACACCACCACCACCACCACCACUGAGCAAUACAAUCUACAUAAUACCGAUGGCAGGAAUCAGGCUCUUUUCAGUGAGGCAUUACCGCUACCUCUUCACCUCGUUCCGUCCAUUCGAAGUGAUGUUUCCCGAUUGUACUUUUAAGCGUCAUGAGUCCCAGAAUUUUAGACGCUUCGGCUCUCACAGCAAAUGUUUCUCAAGGCCACAAAGGAGUUUAGUCGGGUUCUCAUGACUGUUUUUAUUCACGUUCAUGGUGCAAAACCUUGUCAAACUAUCACUAGGCUCAUAAAACUACCCAUGGAAAUACUAUCACAACAUCUACGUAACCUUAUCGAAUGAGGGUGUGUGGGCCUCGAAACGUUUGAGAAUAUCCGGAUGUCUCAUAUUCCUGAACAUUUCUGUGUCUCAUUAGGUCUUAAGUACACCCAUUUGAGGAGGCUCUCGUACAGGUUGUUGGUACUUUCACGGACGGUUUCAUGGCCCAAAAGGCUCCAUAAGGGGAAAAAUACAAGCAUGAAAACCUGAAACACUUUCCUUGCAGCCUUUGAAAACAGUCGUCACGAGACCUCGAAGCAUCUCAGAUCAUUGGCCCCAACGAGUCACUUGUGGAGACGACAGAUGUGUUGAUUAGUUGUCUACCUGUGGACUCGCCAGGUGUGUUGACGUGCCUGGCAGAGGAAGUCGUUGUUAUAAUGUUUAUUUUUUCUUUUUGCUUCUUUGAUUAUUUUCGCUUUGUAUCGCUUUUUCUGAGUUGUGUGUCCGCCUUUUUUUUGUUGUGUAGGAAAAUAAAGUGGCGCUUUUUUAUAUAA